CCGUUUUUGGAUAAGACAUUUCGACUUGGUACAUCCUGAAAGAGAUAGAAGUGUAAACCUAAGCAGGCAGGCAAACAGCUGGCCAGCCUCGUGGCACCUGAUCGGGAGCACCACAUCUGCACAUUCUUGAAAUCGAUAUCCACUUUCUCAAGAGAUGGGGAAAUCUUCCAAGGACAAACGCGACGCCUACUAUCGCCUGGCGAAGGAAGAAGGCUGGCGCGCCCGCUCGGCCUACAAACUUCUGCAGUUGGACGAAGAAUUCAACCUCUUCGAAAACGUCACGCGGGUCGUGGAUCUGUGCGCCGCACCCGGAAGCUGGAGUCAAGUCCUAUCACGGGUCCUGAUCAAAGGCGAGAAGUUCGGACGGGCGGGCUGGGAGCAGAAGCAGAAAGAAACGCGGGAGUACGUGUUAGGCCGCAGCAAGAGCAAUACAGCAGAAGACGUUGCACCAUCCAGCGAAGAUGGAGGCGCCGUGCAAGACGUCCAGCAGCCUGAGAAGAGGCAAGGCGUCCGCAUCGUUGCCAUUGACCUCCAGCCCAUGAGCCCACUAGAAGGCGUCACGACGCUCCGCGCAGACAUAACACACCCCUCGACCAUCCCCCUCAUGCUCAGAGCCCUCGACCCAGACACCUACGACCCCGCCUCGACGACGUCCUCCCCGUCCGCGCCCGUCGACCUCGUCAUCUCCGAUGGCGCGCCCGACGUCACCGGCCUGCACGACCUCGACAUCUACGUGCAGUCGCAGCUGCUGUGGGCGGCGCUGAACCUCGCGCUGUGCGUGCUCAAGCCCGGCGGCAAGUUCGUGGCCAAAAUCUUCCGCGGGAAAGACGUCGAUUUGCUGUUUGCGCAGCUGAAGCUCGUCUUCUCACGCGUACGAGUUGCAAAACCGAGGAGCUCCCGCGCCUCUAGCAUUGAGGCCUUUGUAGUCUGCGAGGGGUUCUGUCCGCCAGAGGGGUUCCAGCCGUCGCUUGAGAAGCCGCUGGGUGCCGGGACCACACUGCCCAUUCCCGACGAGAAGCCAGACGCUACGAAGCCCUCGCGGACGGUUCGGCCAGACGGUGUGGUCGAGAUUGAUCUCGGUGACGAGAGCGAUGAGGCGGGUAUCGAGGAAGGCGGCGCAAGAUGGAUAGCACCGUUCCUGGCUUGCGGAGACUUGUCGGCGUAUGAUUCAGAUGCGACGUACGCACUGCCAAAGGACAGAGUCAGCUUGGACCCAGUACAGCCGCCGACGGCACCGCCAUACAAGCGUGCGCUGGAGAUGAGGAAGCUGGCUGGUGGGGCUUACGGGAAGACAAAGGGGCAGGAACGGAAAGAGUGAAGGCAAGGUGCCGAAGUCACGACGUAUACGCGGUUGCGGUCUAAUGAGCGAUGAGUGUUUGCAAUCCCAUGUUUUGGGCUGCUGUUGCAGUUUCCGAUGUGUCUAGAAUGCGUCUGCGUAGGCGUCUGUGUACAGGACAUAGGCGAGCAGAUGAUUGCAAGUCAAAACGAAGGACUCCAAGGGUUCAUCCGCGAGGCACGAAAGCAACGACUGAAAAUUGCAGUAGAAUCCAUCACCGA